AUUGUGUGCAGUGUCUUUCCAAUGCUCAUUGAGAACGUAUUUAGUUGUUUUUUUUAUAAAAUACAACCGAUAAGACUGUCACAUUGUAUAAGGUGUAUUUCGUUCGUAUUUCCGUUUUGCGGAAAGCGUCAACUUUCGGCACACUGAGCUCAACGAAGUUGCUGCUUUGCGGCUUCGUCGAACAGAAAAAUAAAAUACAUAUUUCUUACUUUACUGCCAUAUAUCUUCGAGACACGUGUGACUAUACGGAUUUUAUUACCUAUUAUGAUCAAAACGUAGUAUAAACAUUGUGUAACAUCGCGCAACUAAAUAUAGUAUAUACGAUUUAAAGAAACUAGUUGUGAAGUGUAGGUAUGAACCGCUAUCUAUUAAGUGGGUUCGUUAAUGGCAGAUGUAAUUCAGUGGCUCAUCAAACGUUGGCCGAACUCGCCGGCUAGAAGAUGUCUCCAAAGGUAGAGAAAAUCUCCGACCAGGCGCUCCUAAUAGGAGAAGGUCCGCAUUGGGACGACCGCACACAAGCGCUGUACUUCGUCAGUAUUCUGGAGAACACUAUACACAAAUAUGAUGCGGCUACCGGAACACAUACUAGUACAAAAUUGGACGGUCGUCCAGGCUUCAUAGUACCUCUAGACGGGCAUUUAGACCAGUUCGUGGUGGGCUUGGAGCGGGAAUUCGUGGUGGUACAAUGGGACGGGACGAACGCUGCGAGGGUGGUGCGGUUGUUAGGGGAGGUGGACCACCAUGCUGUUGGGAACAGGAUUAAUGAUGGAAAGGCUGAUCCUAGAGGAAGACUGUACGCAGGCACGAUGGACGCAGCAACUACCGUGGAGAAGCUAGAAACUCACAAAGGCACCCUGUACCGACUUGAUGAAAGCGGCAUCACAUCUCUAUGUGACAGGAUAACUAUUUCCAAUGGCCUUGCCUGGGACAUGGGCGCCAAAGCAAUGUAUUACAUCGACAGUGCGGAACGUAACAUUAGGAGAUAUGAUUAUGAUGUGGAAACAGGGGAUAUUUCAAACCCACAAUACAUCUUCGACCUAAAACUACACGACGUCGAGGGCCUCCCGGACGGUUGCACCAUAGACACAGACGGCAAUCUCUGGGUAGCCGUGUUCGGGGGCGGCUGUGUCAUACAAGUGUCACCCGAAGGAGGGUUGCUCCGGGCAGUGCCUGUGCCAGCUAAGCAGGUAACCUCUUGCACAUUCGGCGGCCCACAUCUGGACAUCCUCUUCGUGACCACGGCCCGCAUCGACAGAGUAGAACAACAGAAGUUUCCGAGUGGCUGUACUUUCAGAAUAACCGGCCUCGGUGUCAAGGGACACCCGAAUGUCAACUUUAAAUUGUAGUACAUAAAGUUCAGUUUUGUUAUAGCGAUAUCGUUAGAGUAGAAGUUCCCAAGUGGCUGUAUUUUCAAAGUAAUCGGCCUCGGUGUCAAGGGACACCCGAAUGUCAACUUUAAAGUGUAGUUCAUAAGGUCUGUUAUGCUUUAACAUAAGUUCGGUGAUAGCCAAUAUGAAAUGCACCUAUUUCUGACGAGAUGUGUACAAAUUUCUACUUGAUAUUUUAUACAGAAGAUUUAUCCACUCACUUGCUUCAUAUUUUUCAGUGACUUCUAUUAUUAUUAUAAAAUAAGGGUGACAGCUGGUAACCACAGUUACCAAAAGCAAGUGAUAAAAAUGUUCAAUAAAAAUUAUGUUUAAAAUUCUAUUUGUUUA